AUGACUAUUGAUAAAAAAGUUAAUUCUGUUGCUGGCUCUGAUGCUUCCUUUUCCGAAAAUCAGUCUCAAAAUAGUCCACUGACGCCUACAACAAACCAACCCCAAACUAUUGAUUUGGACAAACAAGAAGGCGACAAUGUUCAAUACAAAAAGAAAAGGAAAGUUAGAGAAGAAGAUGAUUCUAAAGUUGGUGAUUCUAAUGCUGGAGAUUCAGGUAAACAAAAAUCUAGUAUGCCUAAAUCUUGGGUUUGGGAUCAGUUUACAAGAGAUGAAUCGGGUACUCGGGCUAAAUGUAAUUGGUGUACAAAAUCUUAUGCGGAUGAUUCACAUAAGAAUGGAACCUCAAAUUUAAAUAAUCAUUUGAUGCAUCAAUGUAAAAUAUUCCCAAACAUGUUCUUGAUCCUAGUGAAACCACUCUUAGCCUUCAAGAAGGCUCUAAAGGAAAUAGUAAUGCACUUGUUGGUAUCCACUUCGAUGUUGAAUUGUGUAGACGAGCUUUAG